UGAGUUUAAUUAAUCCGAGGUGGUGAGAACAAAAAGGUGACGUUGUGCAAGUCUUCGCGGAUUCUCUUCUCUCUUGCUUGCCCUGUUGCUUCUUCUUCCCCUUCUCCUUCUGCUUCCACUCCACCACCAUCACCGCUACCGCCGCCACAACCUCUUACUCCGUCCAUCCAUAUCGGCGAAGCCACAAUUGCCAGCAGACCCUACCGCCCAACUAUACGUUCGAGGCACCUCCAAGAGGAACAGGGAGAAAAUAAAAUCGACAAGACAAUGUGCACGACGAUCCACUUCCGCAGCCGCAUCUGUGGCCACCACUGGCUGCAGAUCCGGCAGCCGUGCUGGCCGGGCGAGGGCUUCAGCACCUGCCUCUCGUUCGGGGCGGGGGCGGUGACGCCGCCGCCGCCGCCGACGGCGAACGAGGAGGUCACGGCGCCGGUGCCGUGCCCCGCGUGCCUCGAGGGUACCGCGUGCCCCGCACCGUCGCCCACCUGCGCGCGCUGCCGCGCUCAGUCCUGGCCGCGCUCGUGCCCGCAGCCGCAGACCCAGCCCCAGAUCCUGGGCGGCGGCUGCUUUUGCGGCGGCGCGCACGGAUACGGAUUCGGAUACGCCUACGACCGCAACCAGAUCCGCAUGAUCGUCGACAUCAAGGACCGCUGGCGCUGGGGGCUCGGCCCCGCGAAGGGCGACCCGGGCCUCGAGUGCUGCGUCAUGUGAGGGCGAGGGAGGACGAGAG